GCUGCAGUCGCUGCUGCCGUCGACAUGAUCGAGCAGGCCAAGCGCAAGGCCGCCUACCGCGCUGUCGCCGACCACUUCAAUUCCGAUAUGCAGUUUGUUGGCAUUGGCUCUGGAAGCACAAUCAUCUACGGUGUCGAGGCUAUCAAGGACUGUCUGGCCAAGAACCCUCCCAAGAACGGUCGCUACAUCUUCUUCAUCCCUACCGGCUUCCAAUCGAGAAAGGUCAUCGAGCAGGCUGGCCUGAUGCCUAUGGGCUUCGACAGUUUGCCCGAGAACGUCAUGUUGGAUGUUGCCUUUGACGGUGCCGACGAGGUUGACGACGACCUAAACUGCAUCAAGGGUGGUGGUGCUUGCUUGUUCCAGGAGAAGCUGGUUGCGACCCGCGCAAAAAAGUUUGUCUGCAUUGCUGACUACCGCAAGAACCAGACCCGCCUGGUGACAAAGUGGCCCUCAAUACCCAUUGAAGUCGCUCCCAUCGCCCAUGCCACCGUUAUGCGCCAGCUCAAGCUCAUUGGGUCCAUCGAGCCCGUACUUCGUGAACACACCCUUGCAAAGACCGGUCCCGUCCAGACAGACCAAGGCUUCUAUAUCAUCGACGCUCCCUUCAAGCCCCUCCUUACCCAGGAUGACAUCAAGAACGGCAAGGACGGCUCUGGCAAGGAUGGUCAAUGGGAGGUCACUGCUCUUGCCCACAAGAUCAAGUCCAUUUCUGGUGUUCUCGAGGUUGGUCUCUUCUUCGGCCCCAACGGUUACGAGGUCCAGGCUGCUGGCGGCCAGGGAGGUCAGAAGCCCGUUGCCGCUUACUUUGGUAACGAGGACGGUUCUGUUAGUGUCAAGGAGGCA